AUAGUAAGCAUCACCUUUUGUUCCCUAUAAAUUACCACUUCACUUGCACAUAGUUUUCAUAUUAAACCACAAUACUAUUAUUAGACCGCUUUCACAAUGAAGCUUUUUCCUACAACUGCUGUCCUUCUCUUCCUAGUGCUUCUUCUCUCAACAAAUGAAAUAGGUGGUCCAAGAAAGACAGAAGCAAAACUAUGCCAGUACCAUAGCAAAACCUUCCAUGGGGUUUGUAUAACCGGUAGCCAUUGCAACCAAAAAUGCCUAGAAGAAAAAUUUGAAGGUGGACGCUGCCAUGGGCUUCGUCAUUAUCGCUGCAUCUGCUAUAGGACUUGCUAAUUUCCUUUACUACUUGUUUUUAUAUAUAUAUAUAUAUA